UUGCUUGUUUUGUUUACAGGAUGGCAGUAAAGUCUUUACAGCCUCCUGUGACAAAACUGCCAAGAUGUGGGAUCUGAACAGCAAUCAGACCAUUCAGAUAGCACAACAUGAAGGCCCAAUCAGGACAAUUCACUGGAUUAAAGCACCAAACUACAGCUGUGUUAUGACUGGCAGCUGGGACAAAACACUGAAGUUUUGUGAUACACGUUCCCCAAACCCCAUGAUGUCCCUGCAGAUGCCAGAGAGGUGUUACUGUGCAGAUGUGGUAUAUCCUAUGGCCGUUGUAGCCACUGCAGAACGUGGUCUUAUUGUUUACCAGUUGGAAAAUCAGCCUUCAGAGUUUCGAUGUAUAGAGUCACCUCUGAAGCAUCAG